UGCGACGCACGUGUGAGUGUAGUGCGGUGGAGAGAUGGCUGCUGAAAGGCUUCAGUUUCAUGAAAUGGGCUUAGACGACCGUCUUUUAAAGGCGGUUGCAGAUCUGGGUUGGUCCCAGCCCACUCUGAUCCAGGAGAAGGCCAUCCCUUUGGCUCUGGAGGGCAAAGACCUUCUGGCUCGAGCCCGCACUGGUUCUGGAAAGACUGCUGCCUAUGCUGUGCCUGUCAUCCAGCGCAUCCUCGCCUCCAAACAGAGCGUCCGUGAGCAGGACGUCAGAGCUCUGAUCCUGGUCCCAACCAAAGAGCUGGGUCAGCAGGUUCAGACCAUGAUGAGACAGUUAACAGCGUACUGCUCGAGGGACGUCCGAGUGGCCGACAUCACGGGGAAGGCUGACCUGUCGGCACAGAGGCCUAUCUUAAUGGAGAAGCCUGAUGUGGUUGUGGGGACGCCGUCUCGCGUGCUCGCCCACCUUAACGCCCAGAACCUGGUCCUGCAUUCGUCCCUGGAGAUGCUGGUGGUCGAUGAGGCCGACCUGGUCUUCUCCUUUGGCUUUGAGGCAGACCUGAAGAACUUGUUAUGUCAUUUGCCGAAGAUCUACCAGUCGUUCCUGAUGUCGGCUACUUUCACUGAAGAUGUUCAGACCUUAAAGGAGCUGCUGCUGCACAACCCUGUGGUCCUGAAGCUCCAGGGCUCUCAGCUCCCAGACAGCAGCCAGCUGCAGCAGUACAGCAUCAAGUGUGAGGAGGAGGACAAGUUCCUGCUCAUCUACACGCUGCUGAAGCUGCGGCUGGUUCAGGGGAAGACGCUGUUGUUUGUGGGAGAGGUGGACCGAUGCUACAGAGUCAAACUGUUCCUGGAACAGUUUGGUAUCCCCGCCUGCGUGCUCAACUCAGAGCUGCCCAUCCAGUCCAGGUGUCACAUCAUCACCCAGUUCAAUCAGGGCUUUUACGACUACAUCAUCGCCACAGACGAACAGAGUUUGGACGACCCCACAGCUGCUCCACAGACAGCUGCAGGCAAAGGGAAGAAGAAGAAGGGCACAGAGAGAGGAGGAAAGUCGAAGGACAAGGAGUAUGGAGUCUCCAGAGGAGUGGACUUCCAAAAUGUUGCCAAUGUCGUCAACUUUGAUUUCCCCACAACUGUGGAAUCGUACAUUCAUCGAGUUGGAAGAACGGCGAGAGCAGACAACCCAGGCACCGCGCUGUCUUUCAUCGCUCAGACUGAGCUUGAUUUGCUGUCAGAGGUGGAGGAGGCGCUCACAGGAGAUAAUGCUGAUUCAGUGCUGAAACCUUACCAGUUUAAGAUGGAGGAGAUUGAAGGCUUCAGGUACAGGUGCAGGGAUGCCAUGCGCUCAGUGACGAAGCAGGCGGUAAGGGAGGCCAGACUGAAGGAGAUCAAACAGGAGCUGCUCAAUUCAGAGAAACUCAAGACAUAUUUUGAGGACAACCCCAGAGACUUGCAGCUACUGAGACACGACAAAGAUCUCCAUCCUGCUGUCGUCAAACCUCACCUGAGGAACGUGCCCGAGUACCUCAUUCCUGAGACACUAAAAGGUGUCAUGAAUCCACUGUCACACCGGAGGAGGAAGAGGAAGGAAAAAUCAAAACCAGCCGGAGUCCUCAAGAGCAGUUUCAAGAAGAACAUUCGGGGGAAGAACCCACUGAAGAGUUUCCGAUACAGCGGAGGGAGGAACAGGAAAGGCAAAGCAGGCCAGUCGUAGCUGCAGCUGCAGUACACAUGAGCGUGUAUCAGAGACUUUCACCAAGAGGACGCUUCGGUCUCCACCGUCCAGAUACAUAUAAAUGGAGUGGACUCUGGAUCAAAUGGGUUUUUGGAGCUUUGUGGCCCAUGGACGAAAUGGACAAUAAACACGGACUUCUAUGAACUUUAAGACAAGUCAGAAAUGUUUGAGGUUGGAUUUUGUUAAACAUGAUAUAACGUAUCUCGAGGAAUACAGUAUCUGUAUCAUCUCUUUUCUAAUGCAUCUCUUCUGGAAACAUCAGAAAUGUUAAUUAAAAUGAUUUCUUCUCAAAAAUUGAACAUUCAUAUUGUUGUGGAUCAUAUUUACAAUGCUAACAUACUGAUGUUUAAUGUUGGAAAGUAUUUCAAUCACCACAAUACAUGUUGUCAUAAUAA